AUGGAAAGGUCUACGACCUUACAGACUUUGCCGAUGCACAUCCAGGGGGGAUCAGUCGUACUACGACGAGUUGCUGGUACCGAUGCAACCGACGCGUUCUACGGCCUCCACCGCCAUGAAGUUCUUCAGAAAUAUCAUGAUCUCUGCAUCGGCGAGAUUAGGGGCCACAAACCUUCCCUUGUCUACAGUGCCCCUGGUGGCUUGAUUCAAGUACCCUAUGCCGAGCCCAUCUGGUUAAAUCGUCUAUACAGAAGUUCGUACUACAACAAAUCGCACCUGACUUUCCUCCACGCUGUCAGAAACUUCGUGGAUGUACAUAUGUACCCCGAAGCGCAGCAGAAAGAAUCCGAUGGAACAUACGUCUCCAAGGAGCCGAUCGGCAAGAUGGCACAAAACAAUAUCCUUGCGAUGCGAUUGGGCCCUGGUGUUGACCUUCACAACCUCACGUUAAUGGACUUUCUUCCUGGUGACCAGUUUGACUAUUUCCACGAGCUCAUCCUGUCACAAGAGUUAUCUAGAGCCGUAGCUCGAGGCUUUCAAGAUGCUAAUGUGGCAGGACUGGCUAUAGGUCUAACAGCGAUACGACAAUGGGCAGCAGACCCACGACUUCGCGACAAAAUGAGUCAGGAGUGUCUUUCAGGGCAGAACUUCAUCUGUCUGGCCAUAACCGAGCCCUUCGCCGGUUCGGAUGUGAGUGGGAUCCAGACGACAGCGACGAAAUCAAGCGACGGCCAGUACUACAUCGUCAGCGGAGUCAUGAAGUGGAUCACGAAUGGCAUGUUUGCUGACUAUUUGGUCACGGGCUGCAAAAGCGAAGACGUAUUCUCUGCUACUCUUGAUUCCUCGAGACGAAAACGUCCAGACUAG